AAUCUGGUAAUCAAUCUUCCACACGCGUAUGCUUGAUACGUUUUGAUUUUGUGAUCGGAGAAGACCCGCGCGCACCUGAUUACUUCCCUCGCAGCGUUUGAUUUCAAAUACCUAUAAAGAAACGGCUCUCACUCUCUCUCUCUCAUUUUCUGCGUGUUUCUCGGGAAAAUCAUUCACUCAUAAUUGAAAAAGAGACUUUGGAGGUUUCUCUCGCUCUCUUAUUCGCCCCUUGAAGAAAUCAAAUGAUAUGAGACGGCUGUUGAUGAAGCGAAACCUAGCUCUCUUGUGGCUGUUGAUGAAGCGUAACCUAAGUCUCUUGUGCAGAUUCGUGCUCAGAUUCUUCAAUAUAUCAUCCUGCAGAGUCAUGGCUUGUUUUCUCUACUGCUUCCGCGGCAGAGACAGAGACGAUCGAUCUACUAGCAAUCUCGUCUCUCGCUCUUCACUCGCCAAUUCCAGAAAAGGUCAGGACUCUCAGAAUCAUUUAUCCUCCUUGCUUCAAUCUGAAGAGAAAGCAGCUUCUUCGCCGUGCACUGGCAAAGAAAGAUUUGAUUUGGAUUCUAUACAUAUUGACAAUGGCCUAAAGGAUGAGGCGCGGUUUCUUAAAGCUUGUGGUACUAUACCGGAGACGCCUAUUGAAAUAAGGAAAGCGUCCCAAAAACUGACUAGUCCUCAACAUUCGGGAUCUUCCCAUUUCCACUCAUGGAUUUCCAGUAGCUCUGCGCUUGGGUUUCAUGUGGAUGAAUCUCCAACCCCCAUCAAAGCUUGUGAAGAUGUGGGGAGACCAUCAUCUACUUCAGAAGAAACACCUAGCAGUUGUGUAAUCGAUGUCCGGGACAAUGCAAGGAUCACGUCUGUUAUUAAUGAUGCUGAUGAAGUAGAAAGCAUUGGCACUGCAGUCAAGGGUGAGUUGAAUAGAUCUGGCAGGCGAAUGCUCACAGCUGGAAAGACAAAGUCGGUGCGGUUUGACUGUGAUCUUGAACAAUCUCACUCUUCUAACUCUUCCGAGAAUAGCAGUUCAAGAAAACCCCAGAUGCGUGGCAAAAUUAGUUUUGCAUUGAGCUCGCCUAAUCCAACCCCAUUGAAGCUAUCUGAUGAGAUGCAAACUCCCGGAACCAUAUAUCCUGCAAACAUGGAAUCAGCAGGAAAGGGAAAGCCUAGAAUCAGAUCACAGUUUGUGCAUUCAGUUUCCAGUCUGAUGGAGAAUGCAUCCGUAUAUAAAACCCACGAUGAUUCACAUGGGAGCCUAGAACAGGCUAAAUGGCAGGUUUACAAAGAGCAGAUAGAUGCUGAAACUCCCACUUCAGCAAAUGGGGGAAAGGUGGAGGAAAACUCAUAUGAGAAACAGUCCAAGUUUGAGGCAAGCUUUUCUCCUUGGCUAAACCCGACCAACAAAGACUGUAACGAAAGGACACCGGGAGUCAAUGCCAUAACGCCAGGUGAGAGGCCUAUCAUUGGAUUGGUUGCUUCUCACUGGAAUGAGGAUGAGCAAAAUGAGAUUUUACCCAAAUGGUGGGAUGGGAAUGGAAUCCCAAAUACGACAACCAAAUACAAGGAGGAUCAGAAAGUGAGCUGGCAUGCAACACCAUUCGAGGUGAGAUUGGAGAAGGUGCUCUCGGAAGAAGGUGAUCAGAGUUUAUUCCCUCGAAGGAAACUUGAAGUGGUGGAGAAUGAAGAAGACUCUGCGGACGUAUCGCAGGCUCCUUCAUUGCAACCAACCUCGGUAGUUUCCUUCUGGAAACUUGGCCCUCGUACAGAACAGUGUUACAUACAUAGGGCUAUCGUGAUUCAUGAGCAAUGAAGAUAGUCUUAUUUCAGGCUUUUAUUGAACUUGAUAAGAAUUUUAGAGUAAAAAGUAUAAACAUUCCUCUUAGGAAUUCUCAUCCUCAGGCACUCUUUUGAUAUUUUUUCCAUCAAGUAAUUUUUAAUAUGCAAA